UCAAACAGCCAACCAUCACCCACACAGAGAAUAAAGCAGCGAACCGCAGAUCUGCAUUGCAUUACGUGAGCGUGAAUCUCAUCAUCAGUAAAUUAUAUCAUUUGGUGAAAAUCAUCUGCGCGGAAGUACCUUUCGUAACCAUCUUCUCAUUACCUCGGACCAUUAAGUGUGCAUGUCUAUUGGAGUCAUCAUGGAAGCAGACUUCGAGGAAAUCGAAAGCGAGAGAUCAUGGCAACGAGCUUUCUUCAACAUAAAAAUCAGCUCCCUAAAGCAUGACUACACGACGGAGGAAGCCAAAAAAGUAGAAAAUCGUCCCUUGAAUCGAUACAGAGACGUACAUCCAUACGAUCAUUCUCGGGUUGUACUGCUCAGAUCUGAAAGCGAUUAUAUCAACGCCAAUAUCGUCCCAGUGAAGAGAGCCGGUCGCGAGUAUAUUUUGACUCAAGGACCACUACCCGAAACGCUGUCCCAGUUUUGGCUCAUGGUCUGGGAACAAAAUACGAAAGGUAUUGUGAUGUUGAACAAAUUGAUUGAGAAGAAUCUCCUGAAGUGCCACAAAUAUUGGCCCGAUAAGGACAAUCUAGAAAUGAACUUCGAGUCUGUUGCACUGGCCGUGAGUUUUGUCUCUGAAAGUGCAAAAGAUAGCUACAUCUGUCGGACCUUCCGGCUCGUGGACGGUGAAACGGGGAAUGGUCGAGAAGUAUUCCAAUUCCAUUACAUGAACUGGCCAGAUUUUGGCGUUCCCCAGAGUCCCGAUGAUUUUCUGGACUUUCUAUCGGAUGUACGGCGAUCAGGCUGCCUCGAAAGCCACUGCGGACCGGCGAUAGUUCAUUGCUCCGCUGGCAUCGGUCGAUCGGGAACAUUCUGCCUCGUAGAUUCGAUAUUGCAGAUGAUCGAGCAUAAUCACCUCCAUGAAUCCGAAAUAAACUUACGGGAGGUCUUGCUCGAAAUGCGUCGUUACCGAAUGUCAUUGGUUCAAGCCCCGGAACAAUUACGUUUCUCGUAUCUCGCCAUCAUAGAAGCUUUACGUCGGAGAGACGGCAGAUCUCCGUACCUGUCUCGCAAGAAAGAUGAAGACGCUCCCCCUCCGCCACCGCACAGAGCUCGUCCAGUGAUGGCAAUGAAGACGGUGGUGAAUUACACUGAAGACAGCUCCUCAGAGGACGACGUCAACGAACACGAUGUCGGGAUCGACGAGGAACGAAAUGCCAAUGGGAACGACGCCAUCGGGCGGGAACCACCGGAGGAACUCGAGGGCGGAGACGAAGUUUUGAAAAUUGUAACGAACUCCGGGGAAUCUCCGGCCGACUCUGCUUGCGCAUCGGCUGACGCUAGCGAAAGCGAUAGCGACAGCGAGAGCGACAGUGGACCUCCUCCUUUGCCGCCAAAAGACAUUCCUAUGGGGGAACUCUCCGGCACGCAGCCGCAGCGAGAGCCCCCGCAGUCGCCCUUGCCUACAGAUAGAGUACUUCCUAACCUUUCCGAGGAUCUCCAUAGCUUCGAAAAAGAAAUCCUGGCAAAGGAGUGGAUGCGGGACGAGUCGAUCACGCUGCCUGGGGGGAAUCAAACGCCAAACUUUGACCAAGAAAUGCUCAUCAGGAAGCGUUUGCACGAACAGAAAAUACAGCAGAAGGUCCAGGCUAUCAAGAAAGGUGUUAAAGACGCGGAGGCCGCGAACGAUCGCAGAACUUUGUUCGAGAACAUUGGCAUCGGUGUGGUCGUAUUCCUAGGAGCCGGAAUCCUCCUGUACAGAAUCAUAGACUAUGUCAGGAGUUGAGAGCGUCCUGCAGUCGAACGAAAGCCUAGAAUCACUGAUUGCCGCCAAACUGGGAUCUUUAUCGUUUAUACAGAGAGACGAGCGCGUGGGCGACUCGAUCUAGUGAGACAAAGUGAACAAAUCUUCUCAGAAGCACCCAAAUGUGAAUCCAAUCUCUUGGUCGA